AGGAAGAAAACAACCAAAAUUUGACGUGUGAGUCUUUGAAUGAAAAUUCCAAAUCAUAUACCAAACAGUUAUCGUUGUACUCCCAAAUCAACUUCUUCGUGUAAAUUCAAUUCAACAGCUCAAAACACCCAAAUCAACGAUCCAAAACCCUAAAACCGAUCGAUAUUUUUCUUCUAUAAUUCAUCAGGUAAGUUUCACCAUUCCUCAAUUUCCACGCCAAUUAUUUCUAAUGCAAAAUUUUCCCCAUCAAAUUCCACUUCAAAUUGUCUCUAUUUGAAAUUUUAGGGUUUCGUUUCGCCUUCAAGCAACCGAAACCCUAAACGAUUUUCAACUAAUUGUGAGCUAGAUUCCAUUCGCGAACUAUAAUCGCGUUGAUAAAAAUGAAGGCUCUGAAUGGGUUAUUGGGAUUAAGAAGCAAAAAAAUUCAUGGGGUUUUCAAUUGUUUGUGUGUUAUGGUUGUGUUCUUCUUUUUUUACAAUAGGGAAGAUAUAAUUCGUAACCCACUUCUUAGACAAUCUGCAUAUUUGGUUAAUCAUAAUGGUUUAUCUCAAAAUUCGAUUUUGAAAGAUGGGGUUUCUGUGAUUCACCGUAGAUUGGCUGAGAUUAGUGCUAACACUUCAACUAUAGAUGAUGACAAAGAUUUGGUUGUUAAUAAGCGUGGAUUGUGUUUUGGAUUGCUUCAUCAUGAUGGUUAUGGUAGUUCUUGUGAAUUCUUAAAGGUCAAUCCUCAUUGCACUUCUGAAGGGUAUAUUGAUUACUUGAGGUUUUUCUAUUGUAAAUGUCAAAAUUUUAGGGUUCUUGGUUAUCUAGUAUUGGGUGUUUGGCUUGCUGCUUUGUUUUAUCUCUUGGGGAAUACUGCUGCGGAUUAUUUUUGUCCUUCGCUUGAGCAUCUCUCAACGCUGUUGAAAUUGCCUCCAACUGUUGCUGGCGUUGUGUUGCUUCCACUUGGGAAUGGGGCGCCGGAUGUGUUUGCUAGUAUAGCUUCGUUUGUUGGGACUGAUACCGGUGAAGUUGGUCUUAACAGUGUGUUAGGUGGUGCUCUUUUUGUUACAACUGUUGUUGUUGGAACUGUUUCUCUUUGUGUUGCAGAGAGGGAUGUUCAAAUUGAUCAACGGUGCUUUAUACGGGAUCUGAGUUUCUUUCUGUUCACUCUUUUUUCACUGCUUUUGAUUUUGUUUGUUGGUAAGAUUGGUAUUGGGGCAGCAAUUGUGUUUGUAUCGAUUUAUGUUGUUUAUGCAUUCAUUGUUGCUGCCAAUGAGAUAUUGCGGAAACAUGCACGGAGGUUGAAAUUGGAUGCCGUGACACCUAUGCUUCCUGUCCAAGGAAGUGUGUUCUCGAUUGGUUGUGAAGAGGAUACUAGUAUAUAUAGCUCUUUGCUUGACUUAGACAUUGAGAGUGAUCCUCCCCGUCUCCCUCCUUCCUUGCCUCAAUGGAUGUGGUCUUCAAAUGUGGCAAUAUAUUCAAACCCGACAAGUAAAAUCAGUUUUUUAGAAGAUGAUAGGCCUUGGGGAUGGAGUGAUGGAUCCACGGAAAACACCAGGUUGUCGUUCACUGUAUCGAAGCUCUUUUUACUCAUGGAGAUGCCACUUGCAAUUCCUAGACGCCUAACAAUUCCAAUGGUUAACGAGGAAGAUUGGUCGAAGCCGAUCGGUAUAGCCAGUGCUUCAUUGGCUCCCAUUCUCUUGGCCUUUUUGUGGAGCACCCAAGAUAAUGUGAGUUCUACAAGUAUUAUGCUUGCUUAUUGUUUUGGUAUUUCUGUUGGAUGCACCCUUGGUGUUCUUGCAUACAAAUACACAGAAUCUAAUCGUCCGCCGUCUCAUCAUUUGAUUCCCUGGGUUCUUGGAGGAUUUGUUAUGAGCAUAGUGUGGUUCUACAUAAUAGCAAAUGAACUUGUGGCUCUGUUAGUAGCAUUUGGUGUAAUUUUCGGAAUUAAUCCAUCAAUUCUGGGAUUAACUGUAUUAGCAUGGGGAAAUUCAAUGGGAGAUUUAAUGUCAAAUGUUGCAUUGGCAUUGGAUGGGCAUGAUGGAGUUCAGAUAGCUUUAUCUGGAUGCUUUGCAGGUCCUAUGUUCAACACACUUGUUGGUUUGGGGGUCUCGUUGCUGCUUGGUGCAGUUUCAAAGAAACCUUCUCUGUACGUGGUGCCUGAAGACGGUAGCUUAUUUUACACCAUGGGAUUUCUUAUCACAGGACUUCUAUGGUCACUUGUUGUUUUACCGCGCAACAACAUGCAACCCAGCAAAAUGUUAGGAAUGGGUCUCAUUGGCCUUUAUAUGCUAUUUCUUUCUUUCAGAGUCUGUACUUCUAUGGGGAUAAUAACAAUGGCUGGUUUAAGUUAGUCUUUUCACGAUUGAUAAUGGUCAUUCUUUCUAGUUCUUUUUGGCCAUGAACUAUACUGUAAUUUCUGUCGUGCAGAUAGCUGAUAUAUAGGACAACAGAAAUUCUGGAAAGAAAAAAAUGCUCUCGAUGUAUAGCAUGAAUGAGUUACUGGUCCAGUUGAAGAUGUCAUUGUUGUAUAUCCAAACAUUUUGUUGAAUAUAGAUAAGCUUACCACUUACCAAACCAGAUUGAAUAAAAAUAAAAAUGGCUUCAGCAUUCUAGCAUUC